UAAAAGAGUUCAUACCUUAACUAUUGUUUUGAGUUAUACAUCAAAGUAAGGAUUUUUCUAUAGUGGAAGAAAAUUCAUGGCUUGUAAAUGUAUUAAAAUACUUAAAGUGGUAAUGAUGGGAUUUCUUAUCCUUAUUUUUCAAGUGCAAACCAAAGAUCUAGACCCUAUCUAAAUCAUUGUACACAGAAUCGUAAUGUGAAGCAUAUGCAAGAGUGUAUCCAUUUUGGUGCUACAAUUUGCCUUAUUCAAAUUGUUAAGCAAGUCGAAAAAGGCUCCCAAAUUUUAAAAUGUUUCAUGGCAUGCCCACAGCGUGGAGAUAUUGUUUGUUACGCACGUUGUAUUGAAAGGCAUCUACCGAGCUCAGAUGUGGUUCAUAUGCAGAAUUAUGAUCAAUUUAAGGUUCAAUUGGAGGCAUCUCAAAGCACGUUCAGGUGUGUAACCCCCAAGGGGUUGGCCAAGUGGUUAGACAGGGGGCUUCUAGGGGAUAACCCCCAUGAGGUCCUUGAUCGAAUCCUUAUGGUGCUACAUACCUCUUGGGGUCAGCCACUUGGGUGAAAAGCCUGCGAUUCAACGCCCCGAUUCUAAGUGGUCAUGGGUUUGGAGUCAGGAAUUAGUUUGAGGCUAUCCAUGGACCUCUGCAUACGGAAGACUAUCAUUGUGUGUGAGCCAGUUGACCCGUGGUAUCAUCCAUAAAUAAUCAACCUGGGAUACCCUAAUAAAAAAAAAUAAAAAAUAAAAAAAGCAAUGAAGUGUAGGAUGGCCCUUCUAGGAUGAACAACUUAAUUAAUCAAGAAAUCGUAGGACUGAAGAAGCUAAGAUGAUUGGCUAGAAAGACAUGAAGAAAAAAAAAAUUGGAAGGGAGGAAAUUAUUAUUAAUAUAAACCAGUUAGUGGGAUCUAAACCGUUUCCGUUAACCUUUAAAAUCACUAAUUGUAAUCGUUCUAGACGGUUAUGCAAUUAUGCAAUUGCGGUUAUUAGAGAUUAAUAAUAGUCUCAUUUGUACAUACACGGUACACUCCUACUAUAUGAACAUUUUCGAAGUGGAAAGACAAGUCGUCUUAGA